UAUGUUUUUAGUGUAGGUUGGUGUGUGGGAUUUUUACUCAACUGAAUAAUGUUUUCCUCACCAUUACAAAUGUUGGGAAAUUGAGGCAUGUAAGUUAAGCAUAACAAUGAUUCAAUACCCUUUUUCUGAAAAACUCUCAAAGUUAAAUUGACUAGACCUAGGCCUACACAGUACACAUGCCUUAUUGGGAAACAAGUAGAGCUAAGGAUUGUUGUGAUAUCAGCAUUGAUGACUUCAUACGUGUGACAGAUAAAAAAAUUAAAUAAGUAUAAUGUGAGUUUCAAACUUAAUUUUGUAAUAAAAUAUACAUUCUUUACCUAAAAAUGAGCAAAACCCAAAAGAAUUCUGAUGCAAAAUCUUCUAGAAGAUCUCCAAGGCUCAAUCAGGUCGGCAGUACUGUACCAGCCCCUGUAGGAAAGCUAAACUCAAAACUCCAAGAUAUAAAAGAAAACUACAGAAACCAGAAGAAGAAUGAAACUUUUGGUGUCGAAGAUGUCUACGAAAAGGCACAGAGUGCUAGAGACAUGCGGCGGGGGAUGACAGGGUUGGUGUAUGACACUCGGAUGGUCAAUCAUCACUGUCUCUGGGACUCUGCUCAUCAGGAGUGUCCAGACAGAUUCAGCAAGACUUUAGACAGGUGUGUAGAGCUGGGACUGGUGGAGAGAUGUCAGAUAGUGCAGGGGCGGGAGGCCACGGAGACUGAGCUGUUGACAGUUCACUCCCAGCAACACAUUGACAGGUUGAAGCAGACCGAUGGUUGUCAGGACCUGCAGCAAAUGGAGCAGCUUGCCUCUGGGUUUGAUGCUGUCUACAUUCAUCCGGAGACGUACAAGUUGGCCUUGUUAUCUGCCGGCUGUACAAUACAACUGGUGCAUGAGGUGUGUUGUGGCAAUGUCCACAACGGGAUGGCUAUUGUGAGGCCCCCCGGACACCACGCAAUGCAUAGCGACUUCUGCGGCUACUGCUUUUUCAACAACGUGGCAGUGGCAGCGAGACACGCCUUGGACCACCUCGGUAUGCGCAGGAUACUCAUAGUGGACUGGGACGUUCAUCACGGACAGGCCACCCAGCAGAUGUUCUACAAUGACCCGAGAGUGGUCUACUUCUCCAUACAUCGGUAUGAGCACGGUGAGUUCUGGCCCAACUUGCGAGAGUCAGAGUUUGACUUUGUGGGAGAAGGCGCAGGUGCGGGAUUCAACUUCAACCUCCCUCUCAAUAAGACUGGUAUGGGAAACAACGACUACAUGGCCAUCUUCCAUCAGGUCCUGCUACCCAUGGCUGCCGAGUUUCAGCCAGAACUCAUAAUUGUGUCUGCUGGCUACGAUGCUGCUUUAGGAUGCCCUGAGGGGGAAAUGUCUGUCACACCGGCUUGCUACGCUCACUUGGUGUCCUCACUGAUGGGAUUGGCAUCUGGAAAAGUUGCUGUCAUAUUAGAGGGAGGCUACUGUGUCAGAUCCCUAGCGGAAGGUGCCGCACUGACGUUGAGGGCUCUGCUGGGAGACCCGUGCCCCAACCUCCCCCCUCUCUCACCUCCCUCCAACAGUGUCCAAGACAGUAUCCUGAACUGUGUGUACAGUCACCGCGCCUACUGGAGAUGUUUUCAGUGGCAGGCGAGCUACUGUGCUAGAGACAGAGGCGAGAGUGAGACGCAACAUUGGCCGCAGGUGGUGUGGAAGUACACAGGUGUUCGUACUGAUGUGUACCCCACCCGCAACACGUGUCCGGUACAAUCCCAAGCUUUCAAGGAUGAGAUCAACAACAAGCUGGACCGACUACUUGCAGAAACCAAACUUCUUCAGACAAAACACAAUGUUUGUUUUGUUUAUGAUCCACUAAUGAUGGAACACAAGAACUUCAGAGAUCCGGGCCAUCCUGAGAGGCCAAGCCGUAUUCAGAAGAUUUAUGAAAAGCAUUUAGAAUAUAAACUCCUGGAUCGACUACACAUACUGCAAAGUCGACCAGCCACAAGAGAAGAGUUACUUCUGGUACAUGAGGUGACAUAUCUAGAUGAAACAAAACAGCUGUGUGCUAUGGAUCAGCUGACUGAUGAUCUCAAACACAAACUGUCCGUGAUGGAGAGGAAAGACUCUGUUUACAUCCAUCCUCAGUCUUACGAGAGCGCAAGCCUCGCUACUGGCUCCUUGCUGCAGGUAGUGGACAGUGUGAUGCAAGGGGAGAGUCGGGCCGGAGUUGCUGUGAUACGACCACCUGGUCACCAUGCUGAGUCCUACGCAGCCUGUGGCUUCUGUUUGUUCAACAACGUCGCAGUAGCGGCCAAAUACGCACUGAAACAUUACGACAUCAGCCGAGUACUUAUCUUAGACUGGGACGUUCACCAUGGCAAUGGCACUCAGCGGAUAUUCCUGUCAGACCCUCGUGUGCUCUACAUGUCCAUACACAGGUAUGAUCGUGGCACGUUCUUUCCAAGCUCUGAAGACGCUGCGGCCACUGUUGUAGGUGAUGGAGAUGGUGUCGGGUUCAACGUCAAUAUACCUUGGAACCAGAAGGGGAUGGGCAAUGCAGAAUACGUGAUGGCGUUCCAGCAAGUAGUGAUGCCGAUCGCCUACCAGUUUGCUCCUCAACUAGUCCUGGUCUCUGCUGGGUUUGAUGCUGCCAUCAAUGAUCCUUUGGGAGGAUGUAAAGUGGCCCCAGAGGCGUACGCUCUGUUCACCUCGUGGUUGUCCCCGCUGGCUCAGGGCCGAGUGAUCAUCUGUCUAGAGGGAGGCUACAACCUGACUUCCAUUGCCUACUCCAUGACUCUGUGUACUAAGGCUCUUCUAGGAGACCCUAGUCCCCCAGUCAGUCUGCCUCCAUGGAAACCCUCAGCUGCUGUAGACCUACGGACAGUCCUUGACAUCCAGAAGAACCACUGGUCGGCCGUCUUCAACAAAAGCUUCCCCAAGGAAGAUGUCCUCAAAGAGGGCGUUGAAAAAACUGCCGACGGUGUUGAUAAAUUUCCAGACAAUAUUGAAGACAUUUGCGAAGGUAUAACAAAAGUUUCAAUCGAAGAUGAACAGAGAGAUGUAGAGGGAAAGGUGGGAGAAAAAGAAACUCCGAGUGGGGAAAAAUCGUCCGAUUCAACACACCCUCCUGUAGAGGAUUGUAAACCUGGUUCUUCACAAGGUUCUGCAAAUGCGAGUGGUUUCACUCUUAAAAUCACCACCACAAUAGACAGUAUCUUGCAGGAGCUAGGUAUGGACGAGGGGUUUGCUAUACACCCCCGCCAUGACUGUCCUCAUGUAGAAGGUGCUGUGACAGCUGUUCCGGCCACAGGACUGAACACGUCAGAUCCCUGCGUGGAGUGCGGGGACGACCCUUGCGCCACUGUCGAGAACUGGAUUUGUUUAACUUGCUACACUGUCCACUGUGGUAGAGUUAUUAAGGAACACAUGAUGCUGCAUUCGCUAGAGUUGUCUCAUCCAAUAGUCCUGGGCUAUCAGGACCUCUCAGUCUGGUGCUACUCUUGCGACUCUUAUAUUGAGAGCCCGAUCCUGUACGAAGCCAAAAAUGCUGCGUACCAGAGCAAAUUUGGAGAAAACAUGCCUAACAUAUACACUAACCAACAGCAAUGACCAUUAGAGCCUGUCUUCUUUGUUUCUGAUCUAAAACUUAAUUUUAAAUCAUUCAUUCACUGUUGUACAUUUUUGAGACAUUUUAAAUUCUAUAGUUUUGAUUUGGACGUGAAUGGAGGAUACACAAAUAAUGUCCUGAAGUUUGUGGGAGUUUUUAUGCAGAUUGCUGCAUAUCUCUAGUCCUUUAUUUGCAAACUUAGACAAAAUACCUUUGUAGAUUCAUAUAUUUGAUAAUCAUCAUGAUUAAGGUUUAGCUAGUCCUAGAGAAUAUUGUUAAAACAAUGUAAGUACAAAAAUUAUAUAUAUAUUUAUAAUUGAAACAAUUUUGUAUUUAUAUUAAACUCUUAGGUAAAAAUAUUUUUAAGACAAUGUUUGUGAUUUUAUAUAAAGUAGUAGUAACCGUGUAGUAGGUUAAGUUUUAUAUUUUCUGUAAAAUGUGGUUUUAUUUGUGGCAUGUAUGAGAAAAUUGGCUACCAAGACCAAACAAGGUUCCCAGCUUAAUAGAGAGAAAAUAUUCGUUCUCUCAGUUACUUUUUGGUCAGUCAGAGGGGUUUAACCAGUGAACACAGAAUAAAAAUAGAAGGGUCACUCAAGACAAAAGCUGUCGCUACUUUUAUAAUGCUGCCGCCACCAAGAUGGCGUCCGCUGUGGAUGAGUCACUGUAGUGGUGCACGCUCACCUCGCCCAUUCCAGUCAGUUCAGUAUCGCGCACCGUGUUUGUUGGCAUAGUACAUACACCCUGUUUGUUAUAUGUUUUACGUUAAACUGUACGUUUCACGCCUCAAAACAGGAGAGCAUUUUUUCUUAAAUGGAACCUGAACAUAGCCACAUACUUCUUUUAAUAAAAGCUUUUUGUAAAAGAUACUUCACUGUAAGAUUGCACCGCUAUUCAAAGCUUUACAAUGAUUCUUUGCAUGUAACAAAAAUAAGAAAUCAACUUUGCAAAACCAUAAUAUUUUUAGGUCAAUGAGACUGACAGCUUAGUUACGCUGUUAUGUUUUUAUUCCUUAUUUAGUUUGUAAAAUAUCUUUACUCAUUCCUUAAUUUUGCAAAAAUCUUACAAAGUUGUGUUCAUUAUAUAUUGGUUGUUAAAUAAAUACAGUUACGACCUUACUCUGACAUAUUGUUUAUUAAUAUUCAAUCUAAAAUAAAAGAAACUAAAAGAAGAGAAGAGUCAAUCCGUGGAAUAGUAAGGCUGAAUAUAAAUAACAAAUCACUGCAAACAGUCAACUUAAAUUAGGUAUUAAGAUUGCAUUGAAGUUUAAAUUAAUACUUUUAACGACACCAUUAGCAUUGACUCUAAGUAUGUCAAACAGCAGUGUUAAUGAAAAGCGUGCACUACAAAAUUCUCUGUUUCUGAGCACUACUUUCAACUUGAUGCCGCCACAAAGAUGGCGGAACUGGCGACUAUCCUAGAGUUGUAUACAGCGCAUGGCCCUUCUAUUUUUAUUCUGUGUUCACUAGGUUUAUCUUAACCUACAGAAGGGUAAUGCUACACUGCUCAGAUUUGUUUUGUAAAUGUUAAUGUGCGUUCAAAAUGAGUUAGUUAUCUUUGGAGUAACUAUUUUUAUAAACAUCGAUGUUAGGAAAAAUAAUUUUCGGUACACAGUGGUAAGCUUCUUUAACACUUAACAUUUUAAAUAUGUUUAUCCAUGUAGGCACUGAUAUUUUAACUCUUUGAGGUCGAAUUUUUUCCACCUUUUCCAGUGAAUUUAGCUUGCCAUUUAAGCAGUCAGGAAAAUGGCGCCCAGCGACCUAUACUCGCCAUUCGACCAAAAAAUUAACUUUUUUGAUUUUUGAGUAUUUUUUUUUUUUUUGUCCUUGUUGGUCGCCAUUUUUUAGCAUUCGGCAAAAUGGCGGGCGGCGACCUAUAUUCGCCAUUCGACUGCAAAGGGUUAAACUGAGAAUGUUAAUUACUAGUUACCAUUACCCAUUAGUUUUUAAUAUCUUAAUUUUGUAACAGAUUAUUAUAUUGAAAUAACAUUAUAAGUCCUUGGAUUAGUACAGGGUGGAAAAAAAGUCCCGUGACAGUUAAAUAUUUCAUAAAAUAAUUAAGAUAGAGCUAUAAAACUUUGUACAAAGUUACUGAGCAUAAAAAUCAUUGAAAACAUUAUUCAGUGAUGUGCUACCUGCUCAGGAAUACGGCCCGCUAGGAGUCAGAUGAGAAUCUUAAAUGUAAGCAUAGGUUGAUAUGCACAUCAAAACAUAGGUUUUUAACCACAAACCUGAACUCACACAGACAUCUGAGUCAAAAAUGAUAGCUGUUCAAAGAUUCAUUGAAUUUGCAAUGCUAUAAUACGCUACUUCUUCAGGGGGGGGGGGGGGCCCGUUUGAGGUCGGAAGAAAAUCAUAAAUGUAAGCAUAGGUUGAUAUGCACAUAAAAUUAAAGGUCUUUAUUAGUAGAAUAAAAUGCCACAAAUUUGAUCUCAUAAGAACAACUGAGUAGGAAAUGGCAGCCGUUCAAAGAUUAAAUAUGGCAUCUCUGAACAUGUUUGAGUUCAAAAUUCAUUGCAAUGUACUCUGCUAAAAGGAAUUUAACUUAAUGUACAUGUCAACCUAUGCUUACAUUUAAGAUUUAAAUAACUUCUUGAUUUAAGAUUUGUAUCUGACUCCCGCUGAGAGGGAAGUGUAUCACUAAAUAAUGUGAAAAUGAUUUUAAUGCCCAGUAACUUACCAAGUUUUGUAGCUCUAUCUUGAUUAUUUUUUUAGUAUUUAACCGUCCCAGGUUUUUUUUCCAACUUGUAUAUCUAUCAAUAAACUAAUAAACUAAUCAAAAUAUUGUUAUUUUAAAUAAUUAGCUGAAAUGU